CAGUUCCCCGAGUCAGAAUAUCAAAAAUCAAAAGAAAAAGAAAAUGAAACAGAAACCAGAUACAGACACAGACCUCAACAGAACCCUUGGCGGCUCCGAUUCCCUCCUCCGUCCCUGCCUUUCCCUUCUCACGCGCCGCGACUUCACCGCGUGCCGCGACUCCGCCACUCGCCUCCCAAGAUCCGACCCCGACGUCGCCCUCCAGCUCGACCAAAUCAUCGCCGUCGCCGAAGUCCUCGCGGCCGCCACGCCCCGCCACGACCACCGCCUGGACUGGUACUCCAUCCUGCGCCUCCCGCCCAACGGCGCCUCCGCCGCGGAGCGCGACACGGUGCGGCGGCAGUUCAAGACCCUGGUGCGGCUCCUGGACCCCAACAAGAACACCUUCCCUUUCGCCGCAGAGGCCCUCAUGCGCGUGCGCGAGGCCUGGUCCGUGCUCUCCGACCCCGAGCGCAAGGCCCGCUUCGACCGCGAGAUCCAGGGCGCCACGGCGUCGUUUUGGACAAUGUGCCCUUACUGCUGGUUCCUGCACGAGUACGAGAGCCGCUACGAGGACUGCACUCUGCGCUGCGCCAACUGCCGGAAGACCUUUCACGGAGCGUCGGUGGUGGCGGGGAAGGACGAGUACUACUGCUACCACGUCAGCUUGCCUAUGAGGUACCCUGUUGGCGAACGGUGUCGUUUAGGGGAUGAUGGCAGUGCCGGGAGGAAGAGGUUGAGGGUUAAAACAGUGGCUAAUAGGGUCAAAAUGAAAGUGUUUGUUGAUGCCAAUGGUGACUUGGAUUCCGCGAGUGAUUGA